AUGUGUCACAACCAAACGCGUCGUAUGGCUUCCGUCCAUUACCAUUGUCCUUGCCUCUCUCAAUCUACACUGCCUCCUCCUCCCCACCUUCCCUCCUCCUCCCACAGUUUCCAUCCAUUACACACACUCUUCUUUUGUGAAGAAUGUGAUGCUGUUCGAUGCAAUCGUUGUGUUUCCGUCGAGGUCAGCGGGUACUAUUGUCCCAACUGCCUCUUCGAGGUACCAAGCGCCAGCGUCCGAGCUGAGAAGAACAGAUGUGCCCGAAAUUGCUUCAUGUGCCCAAAUUGUCGCAAUACUCUUGCUGUAGUUCCUUCCGACCCACCAGACGCUGGAGACGGAAUGGCCCCCGUCCAGAUCAACGCUGUUGGCGAGCCUCCGUUCUUUCUAUACUGUAAUCAUUGUCGCUGGGACUCAGCAGAGGUGGGGAUCACAUUCGAGAAACCGACUGGGCUCGCAGGCACGUUCCCGCAGCUGCAGAAAUAUGAAGACUCCGCCCCUGAAUCGCUGGAAUUCGAGCGACUGAAAGAGCACUUUGAGCCUGUUAUCAGAGCAGCAACUGCUCUGUCAUCAUCUACCGGUCCUUCUGCUGCCCACCCUACCACCAGUACCGCUCGAGCGCGGACUAACUCGAUAACAGCUGCCGCCUCUGCCGCUCUUGCGCGUGACAUUCCCGGUGUUGGCAAAUACAAUCCUCUUGGACGAAGUCAGCGGGGUGGACCUGGGUCAAGCGUUAAGAAAGACAAGUCCGCAAACAACGAUGAGAUGCCUGAAUAUCGAAGCCGCGUGGAUAUCACAACGGCAAGCGCUCACGGAACGGGUGGCGGGGAAGUUGAUGUAGAGCAUAUGCGGCAUCUGGAGAACCUGAGCGAAAUCGCUAAUCUGGAGCAGCGGUGGGGGUCAAGCUGGGCAAUGUCGCUGCGGACUAGUGAUUUGAAGCCAUUACGGAUACCUCUUCACUCGAAGCGCUCGAAACGUUGUCCAGCAUGUGCGCAUAUUCUCAUAAAACCAGAACAAAAAGCGCAAUCCGUUCGGUACAAGAUCAAGCUUGUUGCUGCAACCUACCUCCCAGCCAUCACUGCUGCCCUUCCCCACCAACAAGCAGCUGUUGCAGAAACUGCCCGUCGGUCACUGGCCAAGUCUACUGCGACAGCUCCUCCAGAAGACGACCGUAUAGCGGGGGGAAUGCAUGCCGGCAAAACCUAUUCGUUUCAUCUUGCUCUAACAAAUCCACUCUAUGAUCCCAUUACUGUACGGUUAACGGUGCAGCGAGUUCAUGUUCCAACUGCUCCCCAAUCGUCUUCAGGGCGUGCAUCUCCGGAAAAGUCCCGUCGGCCGCCAUUCGCUGUGUCGUUACCGAGCAACUCGUUUGUCAUCGCCGCAUUUGCGGAAGCUUGGGAAUAUGAAGAUGAUGAAGACGAUGAAAUCUUCGGAUUGGACGACGAUGACGAGUUUGGUGUUGCAGGGCGGUUACCAGGGAGGGAGCGAGAACGUCCGGGCGGAGAUUCAAGAAGCGGGGCAAACGCGACAAGUCGAUCGAAGACCGUUGGAGUGCUUGAGAAGAAAGCUAACAUGACUGUGGUCGGAGGCGAAGUGGUGAUUGGAAAGGAGGCUCGAGGGAAUGUCAAGUUCAACAUGCUAGUGUCUUAUACAUAUCGGGCGGAUGACCCUGCGCCGUCGGAAUCUAACGACGGGGACCGUGAUGGACGAGGGAGCCCCUCGAAAGCCGGUGCAUCCAAGGCCCCAGAAACGAAGACAUUCCAAUUCUAUACUGUCGUAGACCUGGGUCCUAUCAUUCCUAGAGAGGAACGUGAACGAAUAUCAGAGUUGGAUAUCUGA